GCAGCUCUUCCCACGAAGGGCGUGUGGAAGUUUUCAUUAAUGGCAAAUGGCGCACAAUUUGCAGUAGGAAUUGGAACAAACCUGAUGCCAACGUCGCUUGUAGAAGUUUAGGAUAUAUAGGAGGAUUCCCAGUAACUUCAUCUGUGUUUAGCGAGGAAAAGGACAAUUUAUGGAUGUUGGGCGAUGUAUAUUGUUCUGGAGACGAAUCGUCUUUGUCAGAAUGUCGAAUAUCAGUGAUAAAACCCAGUAAAUGUAUUAAUUAUGGACAAGCCGGAGUCGUUUGUCAGAAAACAAAUGAAGAUUCAGUUAGAAUUGUGAACGGUAGCUAUGAUUAUGAAGGACGAGUUGAGGUUUUAGUUAAUAGCGAAUGGCAUACAGUAUGUAACAGUGGUUGGGACAAAAAUGAAGCGGGAGUGGUUUGUAGAAGCAUAGGGUAUUCAAGAGGUUUGCCGGCUUCGUUGUCAAAUUUUGGACAAGUAAACGGACAAAUGCGGAUGUUGGGUGGUGUUUAUUGUACUGGACGUGAAACUUCUUUCUUAGAAUGUCAGCUCUCAGUAGUUCAAUCAAGCAGCUGUGUUAAUUACGGAUACGCUGGAGUUGUUUGUUACCAGGCACUAAACGAUUCUGUAAGAAUCGUAAAUGGAAGCUCUCCAGAUGAAGGCCAAGUAGAGGUCUAUAUUAACGAUCAUUGGCGAAGUGUAUGUGACAUAGGCUGGGACAAAAGAGAAGCUGAUGUGAUCUGUAAAAGCACUGGGUAUUCAGGAGGUUUACCUGUUUUUUCAUCUACGUUUGGAGAACAGAGCAAUCAAAUAUGGAUGUUGAGUGAUGUUUACUGUUACGGAAGUGAAACCUCCUUGUUUGAAUGUCGACUAUCAGUAGUUGAUCCUAGCAACUGCGUUAAUGGUGGACAUGCUAGAGUCUUAUGCUAUCGCUCAGAAAAUGAUACAGUAAGAAUCGUUAAUGGAACCUCGAUAAAAGAAGGUCGAGUAGAGGUUUCGGUGUAUGGUGAAUGGCUCAGUAUAUGUGACAGUGGUUGGAACAAACCUGAAGCCGAUGUGGUUUGUAGAAGUAUUGGAUAUUCCGGAGCUCUGCCUGCUCUUUCGUCUUUGUUUGGAGAAUUAAGUGGACAAACUCGGAUUUUGGGGGAUGUUUACUGUUACGGAAGUGAAAAGUCCUUGCUAGGAUGUAGACUCUCAGUUGUUGAACCAAGCAGUUGUAAAGAUGGAGGACUAGCUGGAGUUGUCUGUUAUGACCAAAGGAAUGAUUCUGUAAGAAUAGUAAAUGGGAGCUCUCCAGCUGGAGGCCAAGUGGAGGUCUUUAUUAACGAUCAUUGGCGAAGUGUAUGUGACAAAGAUUGGGACAAAAAUGAUGCUGAUGUGACUUGUAAAAGCAUUGGAUAUUCAGGAGGUCUACCUGCUUUAUCAUCUAUGUUUGGAGAAGAAAGCAAACAAAAAUGGAUGUUGAGUGAUGUUUACUGUUACGGAAGUGAAGCCUCCUUGUUUGAAUGUCGACUAUCAGCAGUAGGACCCAGCAACUGUGUUAAUGGUGGACAUGCCGGAGUAUUAUGCUAUCAGUCAGAAAACGAUACAGUUAGAAUCGUUAAUGGAACCUCGAUAAAAGAAGGUCGAGUAGAGGUUUUGGUGAAUGGUGAAUGGCUCAGUAUCUGUGACAAUGGUUGGGACAAACGUGAAGCCGAUGUGACUUGUAGAAGUAUCGGAUAUUCCGGAGGGCUGCCUGCUCUUUCGUCUUUGUUCGGAGAACAAAGUGGACAACCUCGGAUUUUGGGGGGUGUUUACUGUUACGGACGUGAAACGUCUUUACUAGGAUGUAGACUCUCAGUCGUUCAAUCAAGCAGUUGUACAAACGGCGGACAUGCUGGAGUCGUUUGUUAUCACUCACAGAAUGACACUGUAAGAAUUAUAAAUGGAAGCUCAGCAGAUGAAGGUCGAGCCGAGCUUUUGCUGAACGGCGAAUGGCGAAGUGUUUGUGAUAGAGGAUGGGGCAAGUCUGAAGCCGAUGUCCUUUGUAAAAGUUUUGGAUAUUUAGGAGGUCUCCCGGCAUUAUCAUCUAUGUUUGGAGAAGGAAGCAAACGCAAAUGGAUGUUCAGUAAUUUUAACUGUUACGGAGGUGAAACCUCCUUAUUCAAGUGUGGACUAUCAAUAGUUGAAUUCAGCAGCUGUAUUAAUGGCGGACACGCAGGAGUUGUUUGUUACCAUUCAGGAAACGAUUCGGUGAGAAUGGUUAACGGGAGUUCUAUGCAUGAAGGCCGGGUCGAAAUAUAUCUAGGAGGGCAAUGGCAUAGUAUCUGUGACAGUGGAUGGGACAAACGGGAAGCUGACGUGACUUGUAGGAGCAUUGGAUAUUCCGGAGGCUUACCGGUAUUAUCAUCUAUGUUUGGAAAAGGAAGCGAUGAUUCAUGGAUAUUGGGAAGUGCCUCCUGUUCCGGAAGUGAAACAUCCAUACUAGCUUGUUCAUUUAGAACCGUUGAAGCCAGAAGCUGCUCUAAUGGCGGACAUGCAGGAGUCCUUUGUUUUUAUUCAAGAAAUGAGUCGGUUAGAAUUGUAAAUGGUACCUCAAACAAAGAAGGUCGAGUAGAAAUUUUAAUUGGUGGGCAGUGGCGAAGUAUAUGUGAUGGAAGUUGGAACAAGUUUGACGCUAACGUUACUUGUAGAAGCAUGGGAUAUUCAGGAGGAUUUCCAGUUUUAUCCUCUUUCUUUGGGGAGAGCAAUAGUGAGGUAUGGCUGAGUAAUAUUGAUUGUAAGGGAGAUGAGAAUUCUUUGCUCAACUGCCGGCAGUUAUCUUUAAUAUCUACGAGAUGUAAUUCUUAUGGAAAAAAUGCAGGAGUCGUUUGCUACAAUUCAUUAAAUGAAUCAGUGAAAAUACAAAACAGAACUUCGACAGAAGAUGUAAUUGUGACAAACCCACAAGUACUUGUACGUGGCAGUUGGAUAGGAUUGUGUAAAGACAAAUGGGAUGACAGAGAAGCAAAAAUCAUCUGCAGAAGUCUUGGUUACGUAGGUUAUGGUGGCUUGUUAUACAGUAUGCAAGACAGAAAUUCAUACAACGAACUCUAUGUUAAAGAUUUUCGCUGCAUUGGAACUGAACAGUCGCUAGCUGAAUGUUCAUUUGGAAUCAUAGGUUCGGACGUUUGUAGUAUUAAUGGUGAAGUGGGAGUGCGGUGCCAUAACGAUGUUAGAAACUAUACUAGACUUGUUAAUGGAUCAUCAAACAAAGAAGGGCGUGUAGAGGUAUUUGUAAAUGGGAAAUGGGGCACUGUUUGUGACGAUUUAUGGGGAAAUGAAGAUGCAACUGUGGUGUGCAGAAGCCUUGGAUAUUUAGGGUCAAGAUCCAUUCGGCAAACCUCGACUGAUUCCGUGGAGUACCUCAAACAGAUGAGGUACGAAUCGGUCGAGGUGUGCCGAGUGGGUCAAGAUCUAGUUAGCCUGGUCCCCUCUCUCACUCUUGCUAGUGAUGUGGAGUAUACGAAGCAUAACGUGGACAGGGAACCAGUCUAA